GCUUUCAUCGCAGCCAAUGAGACUUCAGUAAACGAAUGAGCAAAUUGUGUAGUAUCGAUCACUGAUCGAUCGACGCUCUGUGGCGCGCCGCAAAAUUUAAUUUCAAAUCUAGAAGAUGCUACAAGAAAAUAAAAGCGAAUCAAGAGCGCGAAAUUUGUCUGUCACAUGGCGGUAGUUUUCUUGGUAUAUCCUAGCAUAUUCUAGUAUCUGAGAAUGUACGCUGCUCUCCAGAAACAUGGUGCAAGACAUGUUUACAGGUUGCCCGAAGGAUUGCGAGAAUUAUGCUCAGAUAUUUCUCGUGAAGUACUUAGGGCUCAGCCGGAAGAGAUUUACUCCUUCAUCGCAGACUACAUAGACGCGCUUUUGAUAACACGUGAAAAUGCCAAGGUUGCUGUGAGAGUUGUCAAUAAUAUUUUGAUCGGGAGCGAGUCCAUCGUUGGCAUUCUUUACCAGAGUGGAUUGAGUCUUGAACAAAUCGCUGUAGCAGCGACAAGGAUUCAGAAGGUAUUUCGAUCUUAUCUGGAUUUGGUAGAUGUCCAACAAGACGGAACAUCCGAAAGGAAAAUGGUUGAGGAAAAUAGCAGGAUCUGUAUAAGGGAAAUUCUGAAAACAACCGGCACUUCAUGGGAGCAUGCAGAAAUAGCUGCCUCAACGAUCCAGGCAACCAUACAUUCAAAUGCCAAAAUUAUUUUUUCUAAUAUUCACAAACCUUUUUUCUGUUUCCCAUUUUUUGGAUCUGAUUUAGGCAGCCUUUCGUAG